AUGUUACCGCAUAUGCGGAUUUUAUCAUCGCAAUGGGCACAUAAUGAGCGGCGUAUUAUUCGUGAGCGGCAUGGGAGCGUGCUGUCGCGUGGACUCGUACUGAAGCGAGACCGAGCGGCAAUGAACAUUGAUGACGCAUUGGAACACGCCAUUGCGCUCGAAGGGGCGCCACUUUUUCGCGAAGCCGACAUGGACUUGGGUGUAUAUGGGGUAGCGCAGCCGACCGUCAUUGGACUCAAAACAGUACUCUCCGUACUGAUGUGUGAGCCGAAUCGCGAAGCAAGAAGCAAUCGCACGCGCCAGUGUGCUUGGAUAUGCACGCGGGAAGAGCCUGUGGUGUAUGUGGGCGACAUACCAUAUGUCUUACGAGAAGCAUACAAGCCAAAACAAACACUCAGCAUGAGCGACCGAGCUGAAAACCUAGAAGCUAUUGAGAAGCGGUUGAAGCACGAUAUCCUCGCUGAAGCAGCGAAGAACAACGGACUUGUACUCGUGCAUGAAGAACAGAAUGGUACGAUCGAACUCAAGUCGAAGUGGGUGUCUGUGCAGAAUGAGGAUGUUCGUACUGUUCGCGAGUUAUUUUCGUGGAUUCAAUCGUGUGGGUGGCGUGUCUCGUACCACCGACUUCCCAUUGCGCCUAAUCAGCCACUGGAGCACAAUUACCUCGAUGCAUAUACGCAAGUAAUCAAGAACACAGAUCCAAGAAGCACCUGCUUUGUAGCAAAUUGUGGCGCUGGUGUGUUCCGAACCACUUUUGCUAUGAUUGCUGCGCUGCUUGUACGUCGACGUCAGAUGCAUCUUUUGACACAAGUUGAUCCAUUCGCAGAAACUGGCGAGAACAUGACCUCGGAUACGCAUGUGCCGUCCAAGUCUCUUGGUCGUACACUACGCCGCGUUCAGGACAGCAUGGAACAGAACCAUCACUUGCUCCGACUUGUCCACGUGCUCAGCCACAGCCUAUCCACGUACGACACGCGCUCCGUGAUUGAGCAGCUAUUAAUGCAACCGACACUGCUCAAGUCGCUGCAAGAGGCGAAUUUGGGUGACUAUAGCAUGGUGCGCCAGCUGUGUGGACUGUUGGACCAUGGUCUCGCUUGCAAGGCAGUCGUCGAUGUUGCUAUCGACGGCUGUGCACAGGUUAUAAACAUCCGUGAGUCAAUCCUGUCGCAUCGUCUGCGCUACUCGACAGCGGCAGCGAUUGACGAGCUGGACGCCCAUUCACUCCUCCGACAUGCAGCCAAAGCACUGGAAGUUUACUAUUUCCUGAUUGCUUUCGCGAGUUAUGUAGAGGAGAGCAAGACCGCUCUGUUUCAAUUUCGCUUCGUUGACUGGCUUAAAGAGCGAGCUGAAAUCUGGCGCGGCAUUGGGCGCAUUCGUGGUUUACGCCAUCAUCUCUCGUUGUUUGAGCCAGUGGCUGAUCUUUCGCUCAUCAGCCGCGGCGAUGCUGCCGAACUCGCUGCGCCCAACGACUCUGUCAAGCAACGAUUUGGUGAAGUGAGAGCACAAGGGGCGCUUGUCACCGGCGAUGAGUUUGCCGAGUUCGUCGUGCGAAACCGUGCAGGCACCGUCUUGCGUCCGGGGCUUUUGUUGAAGCGCGACGUCUGGCUCGAGUUUUCUCUGCACGAUAAGGCACACCAAGUACGUGGAGCCGUGAACUUCCGUCGUGUCGCGCACACCAAUAUAUUUGGCACAGGGCAACCAUCCGUGGAAGGCAUUCGAAACCUACUCAUAACAGUGCUUGAUGAUGAAUUAAUGCAACACAUUGACGAAAACUGCAGUGUCUUGUGGAUCAACCUUCGUGAAGAGCCGCUAGUCUACGUGAGUGGACGUCCAUAUUGCCUACGGCAGCGUGAGCUAUCAUUGCGCAACAUCACCGAUUACAGUGGCAUCACACCUGAGCGCCUCGCACAACUGGAGGACAGAUUGCGGCACGACGUCGUUCGCGAACUUUCCAGCAGCGACAACAAGUUACUCUUGCAUUCAGAGACAGAGGAUGGCACAGUAGUGCCGUUGUGGGAAGAUGCAGAGGCAAGCGACAUUGCAACGGUACAAGACGUCAUGGACCAGGCAGCUACGUCAUUGCCGAAGCAUAGUCAGCUGAUAUUUCGUCGUAUCCCCAUUACCGCAGAAAAAAGUCUAGAGUACUCGGAUGUCGAGGACCUGCUGCAUACUGUACUGCACAGCUAUGACGCGCGUAUGCCAAUCAUUGUAAACUGCCAGUUAGGCCGCGGCCGCACAACGCUCGUGUCUGUAUUCAUUCUGCUUAUCGAGCGCUGGAUGGGCAAUACACCUCCACGACCAUCCACAGGCAGUGGACCGCGCCUGACAUAUCAUCUGAUCAACAGCCUGCUCCGUGUAGUCCCACAUGGCCAGGAAAUCAAGCGCGUGGUUGAUGACGCGAUCGACGCAUGUGGCUUUAUACUUAAUAUACGCGAAGCCAUCGAGCAGGAGCGACUGCGUGCACUUGAUGCCUCCAGCGAUGAUGAGCGGCAACAACACGUUGUGUAUGGCGUGCGCAGUUUGCGGCGCUACUUCAACAUUCUCCUCUUCCAGGCGUAUCUCGACAGUGUGCGCCCAGAUACCAUUGUAACGCAGUCGUACGAGCAGUUCGUCCGGAAACAGCCUGUAAUCGAGACGAUAGCGCGCGAUCUAGAGCGCAUAGAUCUGUCGACACUCACACCGCUACGGAAAGUCGAUAUUGGUGACGGACUGGCACUCACGGAUGAGGUCGAGGAAGUUGUGCGGAACCGUACAGGCAAUAUUUUGAGCGCAUCGACCAUCCUCAAAUCUGACUUUUUCAGUGGAAUUCUCAAAGCUGGUCUGCCGAUUCGCAUAGACGGUAUGCCGAACCUGCGAUGCGUUUGCCCGUUGAUUCCCCUACAACACACACGCGUCACACCUCCAACGCCUGCCGCCAUAAGCACAGCACAAGAAACGUGGGGUUGCGGCAUGCCGACGAUCGAUGGCCUACGAGCAGGUCUCACACGCAUGGGCGCCGGUGUUGGUGGUCGUACACAGAUUGUGUGGACAAAUCUUCGAGAGGAACCUGUGCUGUACGUGAAUGGACGGCCGCACGUCUUGCGACUCGCUGACGAGCCCCUUACCAACAUGGAGGCAACGGGGGUUACGACUGACGUCGUCGAGCGAAUUGAGUGCGCACUGCAGCGCGAUUUACGCGAUGAGGCCCAGCGGCGAGACAGGCGUGUUUUGUUGCAUGACGAGGUUGCGUCGGGCGAUGGAGAAUAUACGAUUGUGCCCGUGUGGGAGACCGUGCACGACUCUGACAUCUUGACGCCACGAGAAGUGUACGAGCGCAUGCGCAAUGAGGGCUUCCAUGUCGACUAUGCACGCGUGGCGAUCACAGACGAACAAGCACCUGUACCAGACGUGUUUUCGCAACUGGAAGAGCGUGUGCAGCAUGCGAUUGAUAUACACGCGAUGUGCGUCUUCAACUGCCAGAUGGGACGCGGGCGCACGACCAGCGGCAUGGUCAUCGCGUCGCUGAUUGUCAGCGUGCGUGAAUUUGGUCAUUCAUGGCUCGAGCAGCGUGCGGGCAUAGCCAUGGAUGAGGCCCACACCACGGACGAGUCGCGUGAGUUGCGUGAAGAUGAACUGCGAACUGAUGGCGAGUACCGCUGUAUCCUGCAGUUAGUCGGAGUAUUGUCGCAUGGCCGACUAGCUAAGACACUGCUAGAUCGAGUGAUCGACCGAAUGGAAACGAUCCAGAAUCUGCGCAAAGCCAUUAGCAUGAUGAAGCUGCGUGCAAAUAGUGCCGAGCCCGGCUCGCCACGGCACAAGCAGCUGGUAACUGUGUUCCGCAAUUACCUUGGCAGGUAUGGCUACUUGAUUGCGUUUGCCAGUUACCUGCUCGAAAAGAUCCGAUUUAAAGAGCAGAUAUGGCAAGAUGAUGAUACAUCGUCCAUUAUGCCAUCCCCACAGUACCUAGCGCAUCGCCCACGACCUGGAUCGAUGGACGAGGCUGCAGACCAGACCCGUGCAUUCCCAUGCUUCCCUGUGUGGCUGCAAAAACGCCGAGAAAUCAGCGGGAUCCUGGACCGCGAAGAGCUCGAUUAG